GGAAAGAUGGCCGCCACCAGCGAGGAACGGAGUGUUAUGGAGGUUUCGCAGUCGAAUCCCGGGCAAAAUCAGCCCGUCGAUCCCUUAAAGAUACUUUAUCCGAUGGUUAACGAGGAGGAGACACCGUUGCCAAGAUCCUGGAGCCCCAAGGACAAGUACACCUUCAUCGGCCUCUCCCAAAACAAUCUUCGUGUUCACUACAAAGGCUAUGGAAAGACUCACAAGGAUGCAGCGAGUGUACGUACAACACAUUCAAUACCAGCAGCAUGCGGUCUUUAUUACUUUGAGGUGAAGAUUGUCAGUAAAGGUAGAGACGGGUAUAUGGGUAUUGGUCUCUCUGCACAUGGAGUCAAUGUAAACAGGCUGCCAGGCUGGGAUAAGCACUCAUACGGAUAUCAUGGUGAUGAUGGGCACAGCUUUUGUUCUUCGGGAACAGGACAACCUUAUGGUCCAACUUUCACUACUGGAGAUGUAAUUGGCUGUGGUGUAAAUCUUGUCAAUAACACUGCCUUUUACACAAAAAAUGGACACCAUCUUGGUAUCGCAUUCACAGAUCUUCCACCAAAUUUGUAUCCAACAGUGGGUCUUCAAACGCCAGGAGAAGUGGUAGAUGCAAAUUUCGGGCAAGAACCAUUUGUCUUUGAUAUCGACGACAUGCUUAACGAACUCCGUGUCAAAACAAGAUUACAGAUUAUAAACUAUCCAACGCCAGAUCACGGACAGGGUCAGUGGCAAGCAGUUCUUCACAAAAUGGUAUCAACAUAUUUGGUCCAUCAUGGUUACUGCGCCACUGCCGAGGCAUUCGCCAAUAGUACCGGUCAGGUGUUCGUGGAAGAUUUUAACUCCAUAAAAAAUAGACAAAGAAUUUUAAAGUUAGUACUGGCAGGCAGAAUGGGUGAAGCCAUCGAGUUGACCAGUCGACUGUACCCCGGCCUUCUCGAGAGAGACUCCAAUCUUCUUUUUGCCUUGAAGUGCCGACAGUUCGUCGAAAUGGUGAACGGAAGUGACUCUGAGGUCUGCCAAAAUUCCAGUGUUAAUCAAACUAGUGUCAUACAGUCUACAAAGGCUUACACCAAGUCCUCAACGAACGGCAACGUCGAGGAGAUGAACAUUACCAACGCGUUGAACGGUUCCACCGAGCAACAGUUUGUCAACGGGCAGAUCGAGGACGAUGUAGAUAUGGAGGAGAAUAUUGUAAACGGUAUGAGAAACAAUAACGGCUACCAGAAUGGCGAUCUGAACACUAACGGAUACAAGUGUCAGAAUGGAGAGGACGUUGACAUGGAGAUCGACAAUACUAAUCAAACUCAACAGCAACAAAACGGUAGUUGCAAUCCAGAAAACACAUCGAAUAAGGGUACCAAGAAACAGCUGUGUGGCGGUGACAAGCAAGCGAUCGAGAAAAUGCUCGAAUUCGGCAGACAGCUAUACUCUCAGUCGAUACACCUGCGGCAACAACACGGGAAAAAUGAAAGCAAUAAAAAAAUGCUCCAAGACGCGUUCAGUCUUCUCGCUUACGCGAAUCCGUGGACCUCGCCGGUUGGAUGGCAGCUAGAUCCACAACAGAGAGAAACAGUUUGCGCAAGACUUAAUUCCGCCAUACUCGAAUCGAGUAACUUGCCACGACGACCACCGUUGGAAGUCGCUGCGUCACACGCAAGGGAACUCGUACGGCUAAUGUCCCGUGCUGGUCUUGGGGCAUGCGGCUUCGCGGAUGUAGACAAUAUCAUCCAAUAUUGACGGUGCCUACACCUGCUGCCACGUCUGCUUCUUCUGCCGGCUCGAGUUUGGAUGUGGAGACGGAACGUGGAGCAGAUAAUACUCUUGCAGCAACAACGUCGCGACAUCGCGUGCCUCUUCAGCUAGAGUCCACUCCGAUCGGCAGUUGGAUCUCUGGUUCGAUCUCACACGUAUACCUAAACACAUAAAAACAAAACGAAUACAUAUUACACACGCUCGCGAAACCCACCAAAAAAUGUUAUAAACACAGCGUUUACGGCAACGGGGACACAGGAGACGAGGAUGGCAAAACUGCCGGCGUUUAACCUAUAUAUAUAUAUAUAUAUAUAUUUAUAUAUAUAGAUAUCAAGCCCGAUUGAUCACAGCAGAGGUCUGGGCUAAACGCGAAGAUCGACAUGUUUUUAAUAACGAUCAGUGAAAGCAUACUUAGGAAACCAUGUAAGAAGAACACAGAUUAAAAGCGGACUAAAGAGGUUAAGAUCAAAAUGUAGCGGAUGGAGGUUGAGAAGCUAUAGAUAACACUUGACAGAAUGAAACAUAAUGAUGAAUGGUAGCAGAGAAGGCAAGGUCUGAAAGAAGGGAUAUUUUUCAUUGAAGUUGUAGAUGGAUAAAGCACCGCAGAAGACUCCCAUUUUUGAAGAUGUAAAAUGAAGUUGUGGCUGAGACGUUCAGAGACGGAAAACAAGGACGAAGAUGACGAUGGAGGAAGAAGAUACGAAAUAAAACAAAAAUGGAAGAUAAUGUUUCAAACAUCUGCCAAU